GGGAAGCAAUUCAUACCAGGAAGUACAAAAUUCAAAAUGGCCGCCAUGUCAGAACCGUUACAUUUAGACAGAGAUAUCAACAGAGCUAUUGAGUUGCUUGAUGCAUUGCAGAAAAGUGGUCAGGUGCCGCCGCAGAAGCUUGCUGCUCUGCAGCGUGUGUUACAGAGUGACUUCCUGAAUGCGGUUCGAGAAGUUUAUGAGAGUGUGUAUGAGACAGUAGACAUCUCUGGUAACCCGGAAGUAAGAGCCAAUGCCACUGCAAAAGCAACAGUGGCAGCAUUUGCAGCCAGUGAAGGCCAUGCUCAUCCUCGUGUUGUUGAGCUGCCAAAGACGGAAGAAGGACUAGGGUUCAAUGUGAUGGGUGGGAAGGAGCAAAAUUCACCAAUAUACAUCUCUCGUAUUAUCCCUGGGGGUGUGGCUGACAGACACCAAGGCUUGAAGAGAGGCGACCAACUCAUCUCUGUUAAUGGAGUGAGUGUAGAAGGAGAACACCAUGAGAAAGCUGUAGAACUGCUGAAACAGGCACAAGGUAAAGUGCGUCUUGUUGUUAGAUACACUCCUCGUGUUUUGGAAGAAAUGGAAGCAAGAUUUGAUAAAACUAGGUCAUCAAAGAGAAGACAGACACCUUGAACACCAGAUAUCAGAAGUUUGGUUCUUCAUAGAUAAAUAUUUCUACAAUUUGUAACACUUGAAAAAUACAAGCACAUGAGUGCACCUGUAAAAGAUGUCAAAGAACAAUAUUUAGAUGUAUGUAAAUAAUCUAGGUUGUGAAUUUUGUGUAUUAUAUUAACCAUAGAGACAAGUAAAAGAUUGUAACUUUAAGACUAUAUAAGCCGUGCCAUGAGAAAACCAACAUAGUGGGUAUGCGACCAGCAUGGAUCCAGACCAGCCUGCGCAUCCGCGCAGUCUGGUCAGGCUCCAUGCUGUUCGCUUUUAAAGCCUAUUGGAAUUGGAGAAACUAUUAGCGAACAGCAUGGAGCCUGACCAGACUGCGCGGAUGUGCAGGCUGGUCUGGAUCCAUGCUGGUCGCAUACCCACUAUGUUGGUUUUCCCGUGGCACGGUUCAUAUACAUGUACAGAGAAGAUGCUAUUACUUCGUUUUCACUGCCAUAGAUUUAUUUCCUUGCAACUAAAUCUUUUUCUAGAGAACUAAUUGUGUAAAGAUAUAUGUCAUUUAUGUGUUGUGUAUGUUAAAAGAUUUAUUCCUUAAGCAUUCCAUAGAUUAUAGCUGAUACAGUUAUACUAGGACUGGUGCAACUUCUCGUCAGUGUAAUUUGUUAUAGAACAGGAUACUUGAACUUGCUAUUGUUCCGGUCAUUGUAAAUUGUUAAAUGACAGGAUACAUUGAGCUACUGUAGUGUAAAAACUUAAAAAGUCUGUAUUUACCUUUAUUUUGUAAAGUUACCCUCAGAUAAUCAGGUUAUUGAUUGGCAAAGCCAUUUCUGUAUUAGUCAUCAGAAGAAAAUUGUCAGGAGCAGUUAGCUAAUGUUAUAUUGAUUUGUAACUUUUUAAUAAAGGUGUCAAAAAAAGCGGAAAGUGGGAAUUUUGUAGGUAGAAGCUGCCACAUUGAUAAAGGUCUAUUUAACUUUUGUUAUGGUUUUUACAUACGAUUUAUUAGAAGCAUUUACUUCCAUUUUAAAAUACAAGAGAAGUAUGCUCGGUAGACAGUGUGAAUUGUACUUUAGCAACAUAGUCAUUUUAUAUCAUUUUUUUUUCUGUUUUAUGUAAAUUUAUCAAUUUAUUGUACUAAUAAAAAAAAUAUUUACAACUAAA